CGGCGGGCGCGCUCCCGGCGGCGUCGGGUUCGGAGGCGGCCUGUGGGGAGGGGCGUCCCGGCGGGCGGGCGCCGCCCUCGCGGAGGCUCCGCGGGGGGGCGGCCGGGCGAGCCCUGGACCGGGAGCCAGGCCGGAGGGGAGGGACUGCACCCGGGGUCCCGGGCGGUGGGCCGUCCCGCCUCGUGAGCGCCGCAGGGUCCACAGCCCUGUCAGCGCGGUGACUGCUGUCCCCGGGGCUGCCCCGCUCCGGGUGCGGGGAGACAGUCAGUAUGGCGGGGAGCAUGUACGGUCUGGACGAACGCCACGUCCUACAACAGGCAGGGAAAACCCCAGAAGAUGGGAUUGGAGCUCGUGCAUCGCUGCCGCCGAGUAACUUUAGUGAUACAGACGUAGGAAGUGGUACUCGGGACCCGGCUGUGCCGUUGACGGGCGUGGCCAAGCCGUCCUUGGUUACCUGUGUCCAUAGUUUUUGGGUGAAUGCGCUGAAAGGACGAAGUAAGACUUGGGAGGGGAAUGUUGAGCAAACAGGAGAGGGUGGAAAGGAAAGAGCAGGGUAUUUAGGGAACAGUGACUAGAACUCUGUCUGAGCCUUUGUAGGAAUCCCAGUUUUGCGGAUGAUAAAAUGGGAUGAAGCCGUGGGGAGGAACAGGAUGUUCAUAGUAACAGGAAAGUUGGUGAUAAAUGGUUUCCAAGUUACCUCAUUUGCAAUUUCUCAUUUCAGCUGUUGCAUAAAAGAUUAAAAUAGGGUAAAAUGGAAUAGUGGAAAAAGGGAUGAAUUGUUUGUCAGGAGAUGUCAGUUCUAGUUUUAUGGCUUUCAGCAAAUUAGGAUCUCACUAGGCCUUAAGUUUAUUUUUUUCAAAAAUAAUUACAAAGAUUUAUGAACACCUACCUACAAUGUGACAGAUUCUUUGUAGGGUUUAUGGGAGAAACAAAGCUGUAUUAAGCAUGGGUCUUGCACCAAAAGAGCUGCUGAUUAUUAAGCUAUAUUUAUAGGUAAUUUGGAAGGUAAAUUUUAACAUAGUUCUUGGUUUUUACUUGAUUUGAAUACCCUUAGGAAGCUUCAUAGUUUUCUUACAAAUUUUUCUUCUGGAUUGGCAGGUAAAUUCUACACAUCUGUCAACAUGAUACAUCCAUCUGCAGUCCUGUUAAAAUCAUUUUAACUUAAUAUAAAACUGAAGGCCCAGCGACGUGAAGAGGCUUCCGUGAGAUCAUUCGUCUGAUUUUCCUAGGGACGGAGCUUGGCUUGAACCUCUAAAAUGCAGGUCUCUAGCUCCAGGUCUGUACACUUGAGUGAAUGGCAGAAGAAUUACUUUGCAAUUACGUCUGGCACGUGUCCAUCAGGAGAGAAGGCAGACGCGUACCGAGCACAGAUUCUCCGCAUUCAGUAUGCAUGGGCAAACUCUGAGAUCUCCCAGGUCUGUGCUGCCAGACUGUUCAGAAUAUAUGCAGAGAAAUAUUCUGCAGUUAUUGAUUCUGACAGUGUUGAAACUGGCUUGAAUAACUAUGCAGAAAACAUUUUAACUCUAGCAAGAUCUCGGCAAACUGACAGUGACAAGUGGAAGUCUGGAUUGUCAAUAAAUAACGUGUUCCAAAUGAGUAAUGUGCAGGAAAUGAUGCACGCUGGCAGAAAAUCCAGAGACUCUCUGUUGGCACCUGCAGAUGAGUCAGUAGUCAUCCAUAGAGCGGCCGCUGUCUUUGAUCUUCCUAAAUUUAGUGUUUGUGGUGGUUCUGGGGAGAGUGACCCAUUAACUAACUCAGCCCAUGGUGCCGAUAGGACCAAAGACUUCCCAGAGGGCAGUCCUUCUUUGAAGUGCCCUCAGAAUGCCCAGCCACCUCUGGUCACUAACACCACUAAGACGUGUCCUGCAGUCCCAGGACCUUUCGGUGAGUCAGCCACUGCAGAAUUCCAUGCCACACCAUUGUUUGGAAAUGUCAAAAAGGAAAAUUACAAGUUCCCGAAAGCCAACACAGGACUAAGUGUGUUCUCAUCUCAUCAGUCUUGUUUUCCUUCUGGCUUUGAAAAUCCACGGGAAACGAAAGCUUUUUAUGGUUCUGGCACCAUUGAUGCACUUUCCACUCCAGUAAUGAAUAAGGCUUUUAGUAAAACGGAAGAUAAUGGCCAAAGAGAGGAGAGCGGCCUGCCUACUUUUAAAACUGCAAAAGAACAGCUAUGGGUAGAUCAGCAGAAAAAGUACCACCAGCCCCAGCGUGCAUCAGGGUCUUCACAUGGUAGUGUCAAAAAGUCUCUGGGAGCUAGUAGAUCCCGAGGGAUAUUUGGAAAGUUUGUUCCCCCUGUACCUAAGCAAGAUGGGGGAGGUCAGGGCGGGGGGACACAGUAUAAGCCGCAUGGCGCAGGAGCUGCAGACCCAGCACAUCCCGUGGAUGAGCGUCUGAAGAACUUGGAACCUAAAAUGAUUGAACUUAUUAUGAAUGAGAUUAUGGACCAGGGACCGCCAGUAAAUUGGGAAGAUAUUGCAGGAGUGGAAUUUGCCAAAACCACAAUAAAGGAGAUAGUUGUGUGGCCCAUGAUGCGGCCAGACAUCUUCACUGGCUUACGAGGACCCCCUAAAGGAAUUCUGCUCUUUGGUCCUCCUGGGACUGGUAAAACUCUGAUUGGCAAGUGCAUCGCUAGUCAGUCUGGGGCAACAUUCUUUAGUAUCUCUGCUUCCUCCUUGACUUCUAAGUGGGUGGGUGAGGGAGAGAAAAUGGUCCGUGCAUUGUUUGCUGUUGCACGAUGCCAGCAACCAGCUGUGAUAUUUAUUGAUGAAAUCGAUUCCCUAUUAUCUCAGCGGGGAGAUGGCGAGCAUGAAUCUUCUAGAAGGAUAAAAACUGAAUUUCUAGUUCAGCUGGAUGGAGCAGCCACAUCUUCUGAAGAUCGUAUUCUAGUGGUAGGAGCAACCAAUCGGCCACAGGAGAUUGACGAGGCUGCCCGGAGAAGGUUGGUGAAAAGGCUGUAUAUUCCCCUCCCAGAGGCUUCAGCCAGGAAACAGAUAGUCAUUAAUCUGAUGUCAGAGGAGCACUGCUGCCUCAGCGAGGAGGAGGUCGACCUGGUGGUGCGGCACUCUGGUGGGUUCUCGGGGGCUGACAUGACGCAGCUCUGCAGGGAGGCGUCUCUGGGUCCUAUUCGCAGUUUACAGGCUGCCGACAUUGCCACGGUAACGCCGGAUCAAGUUCGACCAAUAGCUUACAGUGACUUUGAAGAUGCCUUCAGAACUGUGCGACCUAGUGUGUCUCCAGAAGAUUUGGAGCUUUAUGAAAACUGGAACAGGACUUUUGGUUGUGGAAAGUAAAUGGGACGCUUGAAAUUAAAAGACGGCAUUUUUGUAGCCCAGUCUUCCAUUUUUUAAAUAUAGGAAAUUGAUUAAGUUUACAUCAAAUGUAUAUUCUGAGUUCUGUACCUCAAAUAAAAUAGAAUAACAGUAGCUCAACUUUUACAAUUGAUUGACUUAGACUAUGUUAAUAUAAGCUCAAUUUUCCUUCCAGUCACCACCUGAUACGUAAGCCUAUUCAUGCGAAAUGGGAAUAUACUUUUUCUGUUUUGUUCCUAAGAGGUCUUUUUAAGAUGUAUAGGAUGAACAGUGAACUCGAAUUGAAACCGAAAAUCUGAUUUGUAUAUGAGGAUGUAUCUGACUUACAUGUAUCUUUUAUUGAAGAACGUUUCUUCUGAGGAUCACAUAAUUCUUAGUAUUGGCUAGUACAGUGGUUUGCAUUUGAAACCGAGUGUUGCUUAGUGUUGUUUAAUAGAUUUAAAAUCUCAACCAAAGCUAAAGUGAAAGUGCCAGUUUUUACUUUGUCCUGGCUUGUAACUGCUUAUGGUUUUCUUUCCUUAGCAAGACUAAUUAAUCAGAACAUGUUCAGAAAUAGCAAAGUGUAAUCUAACAUCAGAGACAGGUCCGCAGAACUGAAAGGGGAAGAAUGUUGUGUUUCUCCGGGGGUGGGUGAUGUUUGAAAGUAUUUUAUUUGGCACUACUUUACAACCUGUAGGGUUGGUCUCUUUCAAAAAUAAAUGUUUUCAGGUUUUAAAAACGGACUGUUUUGUUUUCCAAAUAGUGCAUGUUCUAUGUAGAAACAUUGGAAAAUAGAGGUGAACAAAAGGAAGAAAAUAAAAGUCAGUUACCCUACCACUUUGAGGAACACAGUGUUAACAUUUCAGCAUCACUUCUUCCAGAUGUUUUAUACAGGAGUGGGGUUAUGCUACGCCUUUUCGUUUGCAGCUGUUUUCUUUAAAGUCCCUCAUCAUCAUCUUCCACAUUGACGUACUUCUGCAUCUUCCCGUACGUGAGUGCCUGGGAUUCCAUGAUAUGAGGGGGCCUAUAAUUUAGUCAGCAUUCAGGGCAGUUCCUUAGGUUCACCUUUUGUAUAUAGUAAAUAAAAUACGUUAAAUGCC